CGUAGGGAACGGAACAUGGCGGAGGGAAGACAGUGAGCAGCCCCGAGCCCCGAGCCCCGCACCCCGGCCCCGAGUCCGCCGCAGCUCACCCUUUCGCCUGCCUUCUCCAAGGAGACGCUGCCCCUGUUCGGAGGCCGGGGCUGGCGGUAAGAUGUGGACACUCCAGGAAGGGCUCCCUGAGCACCGUCUGCCAGGCCGAGGCAGCAGGAGCGAUUCUCUCCACCGGCCAGAUGGUGGGACGGACGUCCAGGACGGCUAACUGACUGGCCGAGGCUGCCCCUUGGGAGCCGAGGUGGGGGCAGGAGCCGGAGCCCGGCCCGCGUGUGGCUCAGCACCCCAGACCAUGCUGCCUGGCGCACUGGACUGGAGAGAUGGGAGAAAGCCCAGGUUUGGCCGCCCCGCCCAGCCCGCAGCCCCCUACCAAGAAGCCGCUGACCUCUACGAGCUGGGUCAUUUUACUUGGGAUCAAUAUCUCCGUGAGACCUGUGCAGUUCCCGCCCCUUCCCACUGCUUCAGGCAGGCCUUCGCGCCCCCCAGCAACGAGUUCCAGAUCAGCAUGAAGCUAGAGGCCCAGGACCCUCGCAAUACCACAUCCACCUGCAUUGCCUCUGUGGUGGGGCUGACGGGUGCCCGCCUGCGCUUGCGCCUGGAUGGCAGUGACAACAAGAAUGACUUCUGGCGGCUGGUGGACUCAGCCGAGAUCCAGCCCAUCGGCAACUGCGAGAAGAACGGGGGCAUGCUGCAGCCCCCACUGGGGUUUCGGCUCAAUGCCUCCUCCUGGCCCAUGUUCCUGCUGAAGACGCUGAACGGAGCGGAGGUGGCGCCAGUCCGGAUCUUCCACAAGGAGCCCCCUUCGCCGUCCCACAACUUCUUCAGGACAGGGAUGAAACUGGAGGCCGUGGACAGGAAGAACCCGCAUUUCAUCUGCCCGGCAACCAUCGGCGAGGUGCGAGGGGCCGAGGUGCUUGUGACGUUUGACGGCUGGCGCGGUGCCUUUGAUUACUGGUGCCGCUACGACUCUCGGGACAUCUUCCCCGUCGGCUGGUGCUCGCUGACUGGAGACAACCUGCAGCCCCCUGGCAGCAAAGUCGUGAUUCCCAAGACCCCCGUUCUCGCCGCACGGGAUGCAGGUGCCCAGGAGCCCAGCCUCCAUGGUGGUGCCAAGCCGGGCCCAGGGCCGCAGGGCGCGCUGCAAGCAGGGUCCCGGGGGCGCAGGUCGGGGAGGAGGCGUGGCCGACGCACGCCCAAGACCCUGAUCCACCCCCCCGCCCCUGCCCCUGCCCAGCCUGUGGAGCCACUGAAAUUCGCCAGGAAGCGGGGCCCCAAGCCAGGCAGUAGGCGGAAACCCCGGCCCAUGCUGGACCCGGUGCCCACGUCCCCGCCCACCAGCACACCAGAGCCGGACACCAGCACCGUGCCCCAGGCCGGCGCCACCAUCCCCAGCUCUGCCUUGCAGGCCCCCACAGUCUGUAUUUACCUGAACAAGAGCAGCAGCCCCGGCCCCCACCUGGACCGAAGGAAAGUCCAGCAGUUGCCCGACCACUUUGGGCCAGCCCGAGCUUCAGUGGUGCUGCAGCAGGCAGUGCAGGCCUGUGUCGACUGUGCCCAUCACCAGAAAACCGUCUUCAGCUUCCUCAAGCAAGGCCACGGUGGAGAGGUCAUCUCAGCCGUGUUUGAGCGGGCCCGACACACCGUGACCCUGCCGGCAGCCAGCAGCGUCACCUACGUCCUGCGCUUCCUGGAGAAGCUGUGCCGCAGCCUCCGCUCUGGAAACCUCUUUGGCCACCAGCCCUUCAGCCGCGGCCCCCCUCCCCGGCCCCCCGAAUACGGCCCCGACAGGUACCUACCAGGUGAGUCCUGCGUCCUGGAGCCCAUGGAUGGGGCCCUGGACGCCGUCCAUGCCUCCAGCCCCGGCCGGCACUCCCGGACCUUCCGAACACCGGGGCACCGACCUUCGCAUCCGCCGUCCAGCCUCUCUCACGGCCUGCGCCGGCCCUGCCCCGGUGGGCCCGACAGGUACCUGGGGUCCCGGGGUCAGCUGCGCCCGGGCAGCAGGGAGCCGUCCACCUGGACCGUCGAGGACGUGAUGCAGUUCGUCCGGGAAGCAGACCCACAGCUCGGCCCCCACGCGGGCCUCUUCCGAAAACACGAGAUCGACGGGAAGGCUCUGCUCCUGCUGCGCAGCGACAUGAUGAUGAAGUACAUGGGCCUCAAACUGGGGCCCGCCCUCAAGCUCGGAUACCACAUCGACCGGCUGCGGCCCGGCAAGCCCUGAGAACCGGAGGACGGGCGCCCGGCCGGGGCAGAGCACGGACACGAUCGCCCCCCGUGCGACCCCAGCCCCUCCACCGCCCACCCUUCUGUGAAGGAACCUGGAGGGGCCUGGGGCAGUGGCCUGCUUGGCCCCCGCUGCGAAACAAGCACAGCCUGGCACGAGGAAGCCGCGCUCUCUGGGCUGCCCUGCCCCUUUGCCCGAACGGGGACGGGGAGACCGCACUGCCCGGGUCUCUGGUGUGACCAGAGCGGGCAGAGAGUGGCUGCCCUGAUGGGCACCGGGAUUAUUCAUUCAGUCGUAUUUAUUGAGCGCUUACUGUGUGCAGAGCACUGUACUACUACUACUAAUAAUAAC